AUGACUUCUACGAUAACUUUACCGAAACCAGCUCCUAUUGGCUCAUGGGCAGAUGCUGUUGACAAUGAAACAAAUGCAAGAGAAAAAACUAUAACUGAAGUUAUUACUGACCCCGUAUCAGAUAAAAAAGUUACUGUUACUCAGAUAUUAAAAAUUAUCACAGAACGUAUUCCUAAAAGUAUUGCUGAUCGUAGAAAAUGGAAAAAAUUCGGAAAAUGUGCAAAUGCUGGAAAUAAACCUGAACCUGGUGUUACAAUGAUGGGUGAUGAAGUUGAAUUAGAAUUUGUUAGGACUUCUCUUGGUGAACAGAAACACGAUGAUGAUGUUGAUACUACCAAGAAUAUUGACAAAGGACAAAUUACUGCUCGUUGUCAUAAUUGUAAAACAAGUGGCCAUUGGUCUAAAGAUUGUCCAUUCAAGAAUACUGCUGAUGAGAAGUACGAUGAUGUACGUCCUACUGCUAAAGGAAGUCUAGCUGGAGGUAAAUAUACCCCGCCACAACGCAACAUGGAACGUAUGGGAAUAAGUGAAAGAAGAUCUGAUGAAUUUACAGUUCGUGUGACAAAUCUUCCAGAAGACUACACAAAUCUUGAUGAUGUUCUUAGAAAUAUGUUUAGUAGUGUCGGAAAAAUUGAUAGAUUCUUUUUGGCUAAAGAUAAGAAUACAAAUUUAAAUAAAGGUUUUGCUUUUAUUACAUACAGUAACAAACAUGAUGCUGAAAAGGCUAUUACUAAAUUUAAUAAGUUCCCAUUCGAAUCUUUGAUUAUUAAUGUUGAAUUUGCCAAGUCUGGACGAGAUUAA